AUGGCCCCAUCAAAUUUCCCCCACGAUGCCCUACCCGCUGAAUUACGAUCCAAGAUCCAGCGUCAUCUACCCUCUUCCACACGGUUUCUGCUGCGGAGGGUUGCUAAGUCAUUCUCUACGUACCGUCAGAUCUUGGACUCUCAUUGUGAAAGGCUACAAUUGGUGCUGUACGGGGAAAUCCAAGAAAUCCGCGCGGUUGACCAUUCCUUGACACUUCGACGGAAGGGUGAGGAAUUGACUCUGAAUGUAGAAGGGGAAUGGAAAGCGUUCUUCGAAGGCCACCCGGAAAACCGACUCCAACUCGAUACCACGAGAAGCCUCGAAUUUUUCAAAUCCUUCCUGGCCCGCUUCGAUCCACGCCUAAUUGGUGUGCACCAGAAUUGCAAUUUCCGCUUCAUAGACGCUCUGUCGCGUCUUUCCCUCGAACUGCCCCAGCGACCUCUCGGCUUUUCGGCAUGGUUCCACGCUUGUACGGACGCAAUCCCGGCUCUCGGCGAAUGGAUCGACAGCAUGAGGAGCCGCUACCCUCCCGGACUAGGCUGCCGUCUAAUCAUUGGAAUCAUGGAUCUCCUGCCGCAGCCACAUGGCCACUGCGAACCCGGCGAAUUUUGUCAGCAGCUUUGCGCGAAGAUUAACAACGAGCCCUGUGUGCAGCUAAACUUCUGCUACCUCAUCAGAUCUAGCGAUCGAUCGAUCUGGGACAGGACGGUGGCGCAGUUUGCGAUGCUGAUUGAGGCGGUGUUGAAAAAUCCCCAAACCGAUCCCACAGCCAAGCGCAUUGUUGCCCUCGAAUUCGCUCGGACCACCGAUGAGGAUUUUGAUCAAAUCUCGCUAGACGUUUCCGAGUGCUGGAGGAUGGGACGAGCGGCUGUGAAGCUCUUGGAACCACAGAUGACUGGUGACUACACAAUUUAUUGGAUGAAGGCUAAGGUAGGCUUCAAGACGCGAAUACCCCCGGACACCGUGGUGUUCGUCGGUCGCCUCGUCAUCGCCAAAAAUUUCAAUGGCAACGCCUCGGUCAUUCGACGUGAACUGCACCACCGCCAGCUCGAGGCACGCGCCUGUGAAAUGAUGCUCCUCAACGGGGAGCCUGUCCGUGAAAACAAUACCCUAUACGCGCGUGCGCAGCGCUACUUCUUUGAUCGCGACGUGGUCGGCUCGAUGCUAUGUGAUACAUUCUACGAAAGUUUGUGCGUAUUACUGCCCGGCCAGCCGUGCCGAUGGUUUGAA